AUGACCAGCUUAGUAUCGCAUACAGUCGACAAGACUAAUUCCACGAUCCUCGAUCUCGAGAAUUUGGUUCGCCAGAGUUUGGGUGGUGGUGCAAAUGUCAAAGAGGCUACAUCACGGUUAUUAGAUCAAGUCAUUACCUCGAUCGACUUGGGAUCUUUUUGUGGGAGAGAAAAUGAACUCAUUGCUGCAUGUAGGAUUCCUUCCCAGUCAGACGAGAAGAAAGAUCGCCGAUCACAGCGAAAAGAGAAGAAAUCAACAGGAUCUGUAGAUUACUUCUCCAAGGUAUAUCUAUAUGCCAAUUCGCGGUUACCACCUCACUUAACUCCACUAAAAUUCUAUCCUCCAACAUAUCCCCUCCUCCAGCUUGCUGCCAAGUACUCGCGCCGCGUAUACGACAAACCUUCAGGUCGUGAACGGCAUUCAUACGUGAGCUCAGAUUGGCUACAGGGUACCAAAGCCAUGGUAGUAAAGUCACUACCCCUCGACGACAUGAACACGAUCGUCUUCGCCAUCCGUGGCACGCAGAGUUUCCUAGACUGGGCCGUGAACGUUCACACAGCACCGACCUCUCCCACCGGCUUUCUAGAUGACCCAUCCAACUGCUGUCACUCUGGAUUCUUAUCCGUGGCCCGAAAAAUGGUUGCCCCCGUUGCAGCCCGACUACGUAGUCUUCUUGAAGAAGACCCUUCACGCAUGUCCUAUUCUCUAGUCUUCACCGGUCACUCCGCCGGCGGCGCCGUGGCCAGUCUUCUAUAUCUACAUCUCCUUUCGGAAUCGGUAGCCGUGCAAUCCGAACUUACUCAUCUCCGUGGCUGCUUCAAGCACAUCCACUGUGUUACAUUUGGUGCUCCGCCCAUAUCUCUCCGUCCGUUACAGCUCUCUCCUACUGCCCGGAGAUCAAAGUCUAUAUUCUUCGCUUUUAUCAACGAAGGUGACCCGGUUUCCCGUGCGGACAAAGGCUACUUUCUCUCAUUGCUAGAUCUGAAGAAGAGAUCCGCUCCUGUCCAUUGGAGAAUCCCCUCAUCUGAUCUCUCACUCGCUGGUCGACUUGUCCUUCUUCGCCCCCGAGAUCAAUGGAGUGGUCGUCCUGUGGUUCUGGGGCCGCAAGUCCCUGGUGGUCCACCUGCCCUGCCUCCGCGGGAAAAUGUGGAUGCUUGUGGUAUUACAGACCCUGAACUCCGAGGCGUGGUGUUUGGUGACCCUGUUAUGCAUUUUAUGGAUUUGUAUUCUCACCGUAUUGAUGCCUUAGCCAGAGGUGCCUUGAGCAAACAAUUAUGA